GGGGCUGUAAGCCCAAAAACAAGAUUCAAUAAACGAAUACAAGAUUAGUUUCAAUAUCUUGCUUUCCCCCUACACCCACUCAACUUAGCAGGCUAGGAGCUUCAGCUUUCUAUAUACGCGGAUUUAGGUAUCUACUGGUAAUGACGAGAUUGGUCGGCCGGAUCCCCACUCACUAGGAUUGGUUAGUCCGUUAGUGACACCCCGUUAUGGACUAGAGGAACCUCACCUAAAUCUGCUAUAUCUCAAACCCCUACUGCUACUUGUUUAGGAAGUAGUUAGGGAUGCUUGGAUCAGGGACAUGUAAUCAUAUAUCAAUCUUCAUUCCUUUGCAUGGUUAUUUGGUUAGCGCAAGAGCAGCUCCGAGCAUACUUGGUGGGUGCGUUAAAUCCAAGAAAUGGAAGAUGCAUUCAAUUGAUCAUCUGAAUCAUGACUUGUUGUUCAAUGAUGAGGAAAAGAAAGAGUGGGAUUCUUGCAGACAAGCUUUCUCGUCAUUCAAAUUCAGUGCUGAGGAAGAAGACAAUAUACUUGGAAAAGCAUUUGGACAUAUCCAUACACCAUAUUGGUACGACGAACAGAAGAAAGAGAUUCCACGACUUGAAGCCGUGAAUGAAACCUUAAAUUACCUAAGGAUGAAUUUGAACCUCACCGAUGAUGACAUCUGCAAAGUUCUUAAGAAGUUUCCGGAGGUUCUUGGAUGUAGACUUGAAAAAGAAAUGAAGAACAAUGUGCAAGUUUUGGCAAAGCAAUGGGGGAUUGAAGGUAAAUCUCUAAGAAACCUCCUCC